GAGGAAAGCGAGAUUCAAAUCAUUCUGGUGCGGCUUCAGUCAAAGGAAGCCGAGAAUGGAUCACUUGAGUCUCGGUUGAAUGUGCUAGAACAAAACACAGUGCCAUCUCUGAGAAAAGCUCUCAAGGAAAUUGCAAUGGAGAAAGAUGCUGCUGUUGUUUCACGAGAGGAUCUCUCAGCACAAGUUAGGACUCUGAAGAAACGUGUUAAUUAAGGAGGCAGAGGAAGAACAGUAUCGAGCUGAGGAAGAUGCAGCAUCUCUCAGAGCAGAGCUUAACUCGACACAACAACAAACAAUGGGUUCUUCAUUUGUUCCAUCUUCCCCGGACCAAGUAUUAGAGAAAGAGAUGCCCAAUCUAAAACUAGAAUUACAGAAAGAAUCAACGUUGAGGCAGCAAGAACAACAGCGUUUAGCUGAAGAACAAACCCGAGUUGCUUCUUUAAUGUCUGAAAAUCAGGAACUGGUACUGAAGAUUUCAGUUUUAUCCAGCGGUGCCUCAGAGGUAUCAGAAUCAAGUCAGAAAGUGUUUUCAGUGGAAGAUAAAGAAGUACUGGAGAAGCAGUUGCAUGAUAUGGCUGUUGCACUUGAAAGAUUGGAGAGUAGUAGGCAAAAGCUUCUCAUGGAGAGAAGCUUUUUGAUAUGUUGA